GGGCUCGAAAAGCAGGGGACUGACGUAACGGUUACUUUAGCAACCGAUUAGGCGUCACUACUCUGGGCUACAAAUUCAUGAGUGCGCUUUUCUUUCCGGAGACCGUCCCGUCCCGUCAAGAGUGGGGAAACAGCCACUGUGACGCUCAAUGGGGAUUCGUUUAUGAAGGACAAUAAACCAGAUGUCUUUUUCCACCUGUUUGGGUUGUGUAUAUCCGCGGUGUAACGUUAGUGGAGCUGGACACGCCGACCUGACGAACAUCGCUGUGCUGGUGGUGGUGGUGUUGUUGUUACCCAGCAGCAGCCAACAUGGCUGAGGAUGACAGUGAAUGGGUUGUAGAGAGCAUCGUUGGCUACCUGGGAAGUCCUGAAUGGGUCAUUCCUGUCACGGAUUUCAUGGAAAACAAAUGCACAGUUUUUGAUGACGAAGAUGAAAAUAAGUUAUCAUACACAGAGAUCCACCAGCAGUAUAAGAACUUGGUGGAGAAGCUGUUGGAGAAUUACAUGCAGGACGUUGGCAUCAAUGAGCAGCAGUUUCUGGAUGCAUGCACCUCUCCUUUUGCCAAAUCCAAAACACUGCAGUCAGUGUUCCAGCCAGUUCUGGCUACAGAUGACUUCCAGAUAUUUCGCUCACUGAUGGUCCAAAAGAACAUGGAGCUGCAGCUUCAAGCCCUCAGCGUCAUUAAAGAAAGGAACGGGGCCCUCCCAGAGUGCCUGACUGCUGGUGCGGAUGUAAUGACAGAGUUGCAGGAUCAAGAGAUGAAAAUCCUACAGGAGGUUCUCAGAAAGUCAAAAGAGGAGUAUGACGAGGGAAUUGCCAGGAGGCUGCUAUUAGAGAAAGAGGUUGGCUCCACCUCCAGCAGCUGCUCUGAUAAGCCAGUGGCAGAAAGCAGAGAAGCCCAGAAUACCACCUCUGCUCCGAGCCAACGAAGCAACACUGCCAAAGCCAAAGCUGAGGGGAAAGGUGACCGCAGCCACAGCAAUGGUCACCACGCCCCACUAGUGAACGGAAACACUACCACAGAAUUGAAUCUGGUCAACAGCAAACCUGCCAAAAAACAAGAGAGCAAGACGGCUGCCCCUGCAGGUGGGGAUAAGAAAAGUGCAGCUAAAAGCAGCUCCACGUCUAAACCCACACCAGAUUGUGGCGGUAACGUUGUGGAGUCCAAAGUCCUUCCAGCAGUGAGAGCACCAGUAAAGUCCGGCGAACCCUCCGCCAGCCUCAGUCCUGGUACCAAGGAGCAGAGCAGCAGUCCGACUGCAGCCGAGGCGUGGCUGGAGGAGGCACACAGGGAGGCUGGCUUCUCUAAGCCAUAUACUAUGGAUAGUGGAAGAUAUUUUAGCAGAGAGAAAGAGACGCAGGAGAUUGGCAGGGCAGUUGAUUCUGAGGGAGCCGGCGUGAUUGAGGAGUUGUCAGUGUCUCAGCAGGAGCAGCUCCAGCAGAGGGCGGCAUAUCUGCGUCAGCAGCGAGACAAGCUGCAUGCAUUGAAAAAAGAACAGCAGAAACCCAAGCAGGUGACCGCACCAGAGGAGGCACCCCCCACCACCACCACCACCCCGCCUGGCCUGGCUUGUCAAGAGGCAGUGGGGCGGUCCCAGAGGAAUGGGGCCUGUACCCCUCCUCCUCCUCCUGUUCCUCUUCCUCCUGCUCCUCUUCCUCCAGCACAACAAUCUGCUAACUCCUCCAAACAGAAGGAGAUAUCUGCUGAGGAGAGGAAGAAGCUGCAGAAGAGAAAACAUCUGGCUGACAAGCUGAAAGAGGAAGUGAUCAAGAAAUAACCCCCCCCUACCCCCCUACCCCCCAACUGCAAUAUUCUCAUUUAUAUGCUAUCUGUUUACUCCGUUAAUCAAACACACGGCUUUCAUUUACACUGCCUCCUUCAGACAGAUGAUUCACUUUGCGUAACACAGAUCAGGGGUUUUCCAAAGAAUCACAAAAUGUUAGAUCUUCCUUCUUCAAAGUUCUUUUCAUUGCUGUGUACAGAGGAAGGUACACCUUCUUUUAUAUUUGGGAUGAACCAGUAUUUUGGCAGUCUCCACUCACAUGAGCACACCGAAGUAGCAUCUGUUUGAUUGAGCAAGUUCAGAAAAACACACCGUAGUCAGGUAAUAUGCUGCCAGUGUUACUAAGUUGAGUGGAGAACUCGGAUAGCUUUUACUUUACAUCACUAGACACAUCUGUCCAGAGCGCUCCUUAUUUGCCACUGGGUGCACUACAUUUACUUUAAUGAAAUUUUGGAGUGUCCAAAUUCCAAAUGCAAAACAUUAUGGCUAAUAGUGCCCUCACAAAAUCCCACAUUGAAAUGAAAAAUGUGUUCACAGCCUGUACAUUACUUGGUGAAAAUCUUACAAUUUAGUGCUUCACUAUUGAUAAUGUAAAUGUUUAUUAUGCAACACUACAUGAUUCAUAACCACUUUUGUACUCCAUAUAGAGUCAACCAUUGAUUAUUGACUCAAGGAGUGAUUUUGGGUUUGCUUCUCUGUAGACAAGUCAAAAAAGUUAAAAUAAAUGUGGUGAAACACAAACUCAACGUUAGGUACAACUGGCCUCGAGUUGUAUCAGUGAGUUAAGGGUAAAUGCUGGGGACAGACUUCAUGGGGCGUUUCACAGUGAGGUGAAGGUAACAUUAGCUAGCGCAAGAGUACAGUCUUGUCGUUAGCGUCUCCAGAGGGAAGAGUCAGCUGCCACAUCAUAAAGCUGAGAACACUGUAGCAGCUCAUCGGAGUCUAUAAGCGCUGUGGAAGUUGUCAAGAUGAAUACACUGUAGUGAUCAUGAAGAGGCCAAGAGAACAGUGUGUUGCUUUCUACGAGGAAUGCAGUAUUUCAUGUAUGCCGUUUAAUAAAAAUCACAUUUUAUAGAAACAA